CGUUCUACAACCACGACGAGCAAAAAGCAGGGAACGCUCACUGCCAACUGCUUGGUGCUUGUGGACACACACGACGACUGACCACCAUGGAAGACAGCUUGUCAGAUUUGAGCGGCCACGAGUUUGAGCUGGCCAAACGGCUGGAUGCUCAGGAUGCGGCGUACUUGGUGCCGUUCGAGGGCAUGGACAACUCGGGUGAGGAGAUUUGCAAGGCGUUUCUGCAAGGCACGUGUACGCGAGGCAGUCUGUGUCCGUUUCGCCACACAAAGCCCACCCGCAACGUAGUUUGCAAGCAUUGGAUCAACGGCCUGUGCCGCAAGGGUGACAACUGCGACUUUUUGCACAUCUACGACCUCUCCAAGAUGCCCGAAUGCCACUUUUUCCGAAACGACGGGCACUGCGAGAAGGGCAAGGAUUGUCUGUUCCUACACAUUACACCAGAGCAGCGUCGUCGUGACUGCGCUUGGUACUGGCGCGGCUUCUGCAAAAACGGCGCCAACUGUCGAUUGCGGCACCGCAAGGCGGUUCUCUGCCCAAACUACCUCGUCGGGUUCUGCCCAAAGGGGCCAGACUGCCAACACAUGCACCCGCGCUGGGAGCUUCCGACCUCGAACGCCAUCAAUCCCAAGACAGGGAAACCAGACGACAAAAUAGAAGGUAUGAGGCGCGGCCCACGACAGCAGCAGUCGGAUCAGCCACAGUCACAACAGCUACCUCCAGGCUUUAAUACCAUGCGUCAGCAGCAACAACAGCAGCAACAACAACAGCAGCAGCAGCAAAUGCAGCCGACACCGCCCAUGCCACCUCCAUUCUUCAUGCAGCAACAACAGCAGCAACGACCUCCACGGCCACCGCCACCACAACAGCAGCUGCUGCAGCAGCAACAGAUGCAACAACAGCGGCCACAGGCGUUUGCACCCAAUAUGCGACCGCCGUUCCCACCCACGUCUGGCGCCCCACCGCAGCAGCAGAUGCCUCCGCGCCCACCCAUGCCGCCACCUCAGCUCCGUCCCCCACAACAGCAGCAGCAGCAGCAGCCAUGGCGACCGCCACCCAUGUCACAACACGGGUUUCCGCCCAGCAGCCAGCAGCAGCCUGCCCGGCCUGGCCUGAUGGCGCCACCGCCACGCCCAGGAUUCUUCCCGCAACGGAUGCCGAUGAGCCAGGGCCCGCGCAUGAUGCCGCCAUUCUCCAUGGGCCCGCCACCACACUUCCAACAACAACAACAGCAGCACCAGCAACAGUUCCCUCGACCACCCAUGCCACCACCAGGGCGCAGAUGACCACGGUGCAGCGCACACACACAGGCACAGUUUAUGCUUGUUCUUCCUCGUUGAGCUUGUGUGAUGGGUGGAUCAUGUGUGCAGAUAAUAAACAGAUUCAUGCCAAUGAAUGCAAUGAGAAAGAGA